ACUCAGCAAGUUACAAAAUCAAAGAUGGCGGCACCGACAAAGAAAAACGAGGUUGGCUUAUUCGAAGAAGACGACGAAUUCGAGGAGUUUCCAGCCGAAGAAUGGACGGAGCAAGACGAAGACCAAGAUGACAUCCAUGUUUGGGAAGACAACUGGGACGAUGACGCCGUCGAAGAUGACUUUUCAAAUCAACUUAGGGCAGAAUUAGAAAAACAUGGACAUAAAGUAGAACAGCAAGAACCCAUGAAGUCAUGACAACAGUUGUUUAAUGUUCAUUCUGUACUUGUUCAAACUUGUAAAACUGUACUUCUGUUUCAUUCUUGUUCUGUAAAAUAGUUUUCUUUUAUAUUGCAAAAAAUAAACUUGGCUAUAAUCUGGCGCAAACAUUCA